AUGUUGACAAUCACAAAUGUUACUUGGCUGGACCUACUAUGCCUUACAACCGGAGUUUAUCUGGUAAAGCAGGUGGUCGCCAAGAAGAAACCUGUACUAUAUCCACCUGGUCCCCCGGUGUGGCCUCUCAUUGGCAAUAUUUUGGAUAUACCUUGUAUCAAGCCCUGGCUCACAUUUACUGAGUGGGGUCAGAAGUAUGGUGAUAUCGCGCAUGUCGAGAUUCUGGGAAGCAAAAUUGAGGAGGUCGAGACUCGUCGAUUUCUGAAGCGUGUGCUUGCGAAACACGACCAACUGCAGAAGCAUGUUCGACGUACUGCUGGUGCUGUCAUUCUGCACAUCUCUUAUGGUUACAAAGUGAAAGAGAACGACGAUCCCUUCGUUGACCUUGCAAACCACGUUCUAACCCAAACCUCAGAGGCUGCAGCUCCCGGCGCCUUUAUGGUCGAUAUUUUACCAUCCUUGGCAAAGGUCCCCGCGUGGUUCCCUGGUGCUAGUUUCAAGCGUAUAGCACGUGAAUGGCGUGGGAGCCUCGAUGAGAUGGUUUCUGCACCCCAUGAUCCAAAUUUUACAGAUCGCUGGCAUCGCCCCUAUGUCUUUUACUUCGAAUCUCUUGGAAGCUAUGAUGUGUCUGCUUUGUCCCUAUACGCUGGUGGUUCUGACACAGUUUUCCCCACUGUGUGGCUAAAGACGAUAUCCAUGACGGAAUAUAAUGCUCUUAAUCGCGACAGGUUCGUGCUUACCGAUCCACAGACAUAUGCUAACCCCUCGCAAUUCAAUCCUGAGCGCUUCUUGGCUAAGGACGGAACGGAACCUGAGACAGAGCCCCGCACAAUGUGCUUCGGCUUUGUAUUUGCCCAGGUCUUCACCUUGCUGAUGCCUUCCAUUUGGAUAUCCACUGCGAUGUCACUGGCCGUGUUUGAUAUUUCCAAGGUUGUUGAGAAUGGUGUUGAGAUCACUCCUGAAGUUGAACCCUUACCGGGUGUGGCCAGCCACCCCAAACCCUUCAAGUGUUCUAUCAAACCUCGCUCUGCAACUGCCCUUGGACUCAUUGAACAAGAUGCUAACUACUAA